AUGAGCUCAACUGCCGGACAAGUGAUCAACUGCAAAGCGGCCGUCGCCUGGACCGCUAAAGCUCCGCUUUCCAUCGAAACGAUCCAAGUCGCGCCGCCGAGAGCCCAUGAAGUUCGUGUGAAGGUAACUAUUCCAGAAUCUAUUAUGUUCUUCACCCACGCACUCUUUUUAGAUCCUCCACACGGCCGUCUGUCACACCGACGCCUACACUCUCGACGGACACGAUCCGGAAGGUCUCUUCCCGGUUGUGCUCGGCCACGAAGGCUCCGGAGUCGUCGAAAGCAUCGGAGAAGGCGUGACUGGCUUCGCUGUCGGCGACCACGUCGUUCCGCUCUACGUGCCGCAGUGCAAGGAGUGCGAGUACUGCCGUAACCCGAAGACCAACCUGUGCCAGAAGAUUCGCAUCACCCAGGGCAACGGAUUCUUGCCGGACGGCACGUCGAGAUUCUCGUGCAACGGAAAGCAACUCUUCCACUUUAUGGGAUGCUCCACGUUCGCCGAGUACACCGUCGUCGCCGACAUCUCUCUUUGCAAGGUGAAUCCUGCGGCUCCUCUCGAAAAGGUUUCUCUGCUCGGAUGCGGUAUUUCCACCGGAUACGGAGCCGUCCUCAACACGUGCAAAGUGGAAGAGGGCAGCACUGUGGCCGUGUGGGGGCUCGGUGCAGUCGGACUGGCGGUCAUCAUGGGCGCCAGAGCCGCCGGAGCCAAAAGAAUCGUCGGAAUCGAUCUGAUCGAAUCGAAGUUCCCCUCUGCCAAGUUCUUCGGCGCCACUGAAUGCGUCAGUCCAAAAAACAUCCAGCUGCCGGAGGGAAAAUCAUUCCAAGCGUGGCUCGUGGACAAUUUCGACGGUGGAUUCGACUACACCUUCGAGUGCAUCGGAAAUGUGCACACCAUGGUGAGAACUCAAAAAGAUCGUAACAAUAACUUUGUCAAUUUUAGAGACAAGCAUUGGAAGCCGCCCACAAGGGAUGGGGCGUCUCGUGCAUCAUCGGAGUUGCCGGUGCUGGACAGGAGAUCUCGACUCGCCCGUUCCAGCUGGUCACCGGCCGCACGUGGAUGGGAACCGCAUUCGGAGGAUGGAAGAGCGUCGACAGUGUGCCGAAGCUCGUUGAGGACUACCUGAACAAGAAGCUGCUCAUCGACGAAUUCAUCACUCACCGCUACCACAUCGACGAGAUCAACACCGCGUUUGAUGUGCUCCACAAAGGAGAGAGUUUGCGAUCUGUGCUCGCUUUCGAGAAGAGCCAAUAG